UCAGUUAAGCCCAAGCCCGAGAAAGUUAUUGAAUGCCCAAUAAUGUUCUCCUCUCUCUAAGUAAAAAUAAAAGAAUUCAGGUGUAUUAAUAAGCUUCCAAAGCUGCAAGAAGAGCAAUCAUUUUAGGUAUACAGCGUAGCUUUCUUUGUCUCGAGCCGCUGACGGAACGGUGACGUUUCCGCGUUUGACUUCUGUAGAAAAGGAGAAAAGGAAGCUGCCGAGUAAAUGCACACAGGUCUUCGUCUUCUACAGAAAGCGAGAUGUCUCUGAUCCACCGUCUUCAUUAUGACAUUUUGUAGGAAAAAAAAAAAUUCAGAUACCCACAGUCGAAGACCUCAUCAGAGUAUCUUCGUCUUCAAUCUUUCAAGCCACUUUCUCUAUGCUGUAAAGUAAUAUUAAUCAAACCCUUCAUUACAUCUGUUCAUGGCUUGAUGAUCACUUGAUCUUCCUCCCCUGUUUCUACUUUUUCUCUUCUUCAAUGCCGAUUUUCCAUAGAAAACUACUGUUACCAUUUCUCGGACAAACAGAUUUUCGCUUUCUCAUCGUCUGUUGCGACGAGGAAUCGAAGCGAUAUGGAGUUUGCGAGAAGGAGAAAACGUGUUCCAAGACAAACUUUUCUCUGUUACCGCCACCGCCUCCGGCGGUUCCUCCUCCACCGGAGUUUGAUUCCGGCAUAGAGAUCUUUAGCAAACAUCAUUUUAUCUCAACUACCCUGAUCGUCGUGGCUUCUUUAAUCGCUUGUUUUUUCCUCUUUGCCAUCGUGUGUGCGGUUUUUAGGUCUUACUAUCGGAGAAGAAACAGAUCGCGCCGGCGACAGCCGAUAAUUUUUGGCACACAGGAUUUUCUGGACGAAGAUCACGGCCCGAGGGUCGACCAUCCGAUUUGGUACAUCAACACGGUUGGGUUACAACAGUCGGUGAUUGACUCGAUUGCCGUCUUCAAGUUUAAGAAAUCUGAUGUGUUGAUUGAAGGAACUGACUGCUCUGUUUGCUUGAGUGAGUUUGAAGAAGAUGAAAGUCUCAGGCUCUUGCCCAAAUGCGAUCACGCGUUUCACAUUCCCUGUAUUGAUACUUGGUUAAGAUCACACAAGAACUGUCCACUGUGUCGAGCUCCAAUAGUCUCUGACGCCAUUGUUGCUCAAGGUUCUCCUCAAACAGAGGUCGACUCGAACGAGUCGAACUCAGCAGCGAUAGAGGAGGAGGAGAGUCAUGGAGUUGAAGGAGGCGAGACCAGUGAAGACAGAUCUGGAAGUACAUCGGAAGAUUUAACGAAGAUCAGUUUGAGGAACUACGAUUCUGAAGGCCGAAUUUUAAGCGAUUUAGGAAACAAUCAGUUAACUGCAGAAGAAUUGCAGCCGAUUAGGAGAUCGAUUUCCAUGGAUUCAUCUUCUGCUUCGGUGAUUUACAAUGCUGUGAGUGGAAUUUUGGCUGAUAAAAAAUUACAACCUGGAAGCUUUGACUCUGAAAUGGCGAAAUUGAAGAUUGUGGGAAAGCGAAGCGGGAGUGGAAGUUCAAGCUUAUCGAAAUUCAUGAAGAGUUCUUCAGCGAGGUUGCAGAAGGGACCUAUUCCGAUGAAGAGAUCCUUAUCGUUCGCGUCGGCAAGAAGAACCAGCAACCAAGAUUUAAUUCUACCCCUUUGAGAGGCCAAGUUCCAGACGCUGUAAAAUCCCAAAUCAAGAAACCCGUUGCAUAUAUAAACAUAUAUAUAUACAUAUAUAGAGUACUGUGAAUCAGCCAGUUGGAGUCUUAAAGGGGGAGAUAGCAUAUGUACAGAGAAGAAGAAAGAGUUUGGAAUAUUUGAGCUGGUUUUCUAAUCUGGUAAAACUUGAGAAUCAACCAAUUUUAAUGUUUUGUUGCAGAAAACAAA